GGAAGCGGAAGUGCACAAGAGGUCACCGUUUGUUUUUCAAGAUGGCGGCCCUCAGUGUGCUCGUGUACCCCUGUAGACGGCUACUCUGGAGGCUCCUUGCUGGCCCGAUCGCAACCAGCUGGGCGCGGCUUCCAGCUCGCGGGUUCAGGGAAGUGGUGGAGAUCCAAGAAGGCAAGACGACUAUAGUUGAAGGCCGGUUAACAGGGACUCCCAAGGAAAGCCCAAACCCCCCUAACCCCUCUGGCCAGUGCCCCAUCUGCCGGUGGAACCUGAAGCACAAGUAUGGCUACGAGGAUGUUCUGCUGCUCAGUCAGUUCAUCCGGCCCUUGGGGGGCAUGCUACCUCGGAGGAUCACAGGCUUGUGCCUGGAAGAGCACCGCAAGAUUGAGGAGUGUGUGAAAAUGGCACACCGAGCAGGUCUGUUCCCAAAUCACAGGCCUCGGCUUCCUGAAGGAUUUGUUCCGAAGAGCAAACCCCAACUCAACCGGUACCUGACCCGCUGGUCUCCCCGCUCUGUCAAGCCCAUCUAUAAUAAAGGCCACCGCUGGAACAAAGUGCGUAUGGCUGUGGGGUCACCCCUCCUGAAAGACAACGUCUCCUACUCAGGAAGGCCUCUGGUGUUAUAUCACUGACUGGGCUCUCUGCAAACAUGACCAGAGCUCCCACACUCCAGCUCUGUUGCACCACGGCUCCAGCAGGCGUGGCAGACGCAGGAGGCAGUGGGACCGACUUCAGUGCCCUCAGCCUGCCUGACAGCAGCACUGGGAAGGUGGUUGGGUCCCUGAGCAGCAGCUGUGGUCUCAUGACUGCCUUGGGCAGCGCUUCGUGCUGGGGCAUAGGAACUCUCCCCAAAAGAAUGUCAUAAACCAGGUUCAUGGAC